GCAUCUACAAUGCAUUUUAAAAUGUUGAAGUAGGCAGAUCUGUGAAUGAUACAGGCCUACACUCUUUGUAAAAUUGAGCUCAAUGUUUUCUUGCAUUUUUCAUUUCCGAGAAAUCACAUUCUUCAUUAUGUAAUUUACCCAAAGAUGGAGUCUUUCUCAUAGGUCCAUGGUUUUCCGUAUCCAACUUACUGGACAAGCUAUGCCUCAAUGACGUUAUAAAACUUUCUCUUUUUAUUUGCAUUGUCAUAAUUGAAAAUCAAAUUUUUCAAAGAAAACUUAUGCGUGCGACAAGUUUGGCGGGGCUACUUCUUUCUUUGCAAACAAGAAAUAUGAGGCGGCAUUCGAGAACGUAUAGGCCCUAACCUGCUUCCUUUUUCUGAAUGGAAUAGCUGUCCCAUCACAUUGUCAUUAUUUACCACUUUGAUGACGCACUUGUGUAUUGUGUGACUUUUUUUCUGCGGUAAAUUACUUGCGUUGCCAAAGCAACAUGCCGACCCGAAGGUAGUCUUGUGGUUUUUCUGAAGAAAAAUAAUAUGGAAAAUUUGGAGAAAGGCGAAUAACAUGGAUGACAAUAAUGAACACGCCAAAAAGGAUGUAACAACAGACACACUCACCUCCACCUUUACUCACACACACACUCAUAACUUGUCCAUCACUAGAAAGUAAAACAGCUUGUGUGUGUGUUUCUUAUGUUAUUCUCUUUCUCUCUCACUAAGGCCAUCACCUUUUCAAAGUUAAGUAAGUUAUCCUCCUACUUUAAUCUCCUCCGGAUGAUAGCCAGGUUCUUCGGUUCUAACUGGCCGUGCCAUCAAUCAAACCACUGGGACUAUCAAGCAAACCCAGUUAAUUUCAAGUCACAAGGCCGCGCAAAACAAAUUAAUUAUAUCACAUUAACGGAUACUGUAGAGUGUCACGUGUAACCUGAUACCAACAAUUAAAUCCGAGUUGUCAAGCCCAAGGCCUACCCAUUGGGCUCCCACCUUAGCUCACCUGGCCCUCGCACCGGGUGUCAUACAGGAUCGUUCUGACACGCCCCCCUUCUCCAUCAAACAAACUCACCAUUGUACCUGCGGGACUCGCAUCAGAGAAGCCGCCCCGAGUUUGAGCGAUUUCAUACGUCCCCAAAACUCUUUUGUAUAAAGAUUUUAUGAGCAUCCGCUAAAUUAUGAAUUGAUUAUGACUUGGGGUUUUGUCGGCGGGGUGACGAGUUGUUGGAUCGUGGAAUAUCUCCAAACGCAACGGUUGAAAUUCAAUGUGUCAUUGCAACACCAGCCUGCCGUAGGGUGUGAACCAAUGUGUGUAUUUAUCGCGGGGUGUUGUUCACCCUCCGAGUCUGUCUGGCUGGCCCCGCCUAUGAGGGGUAAUCGACGCGUCCUGGGAGAUCUCGUCCCUGAUUGGUCAGCGCGGGCUGGAAAAAGUAGUGCUUAAUAGAAUUUUGGACCAAUGGGGACGGCGAUUGGCCAAUUAGCAUGACAAACGACAGUGGUGACAGGUAAGCAGACAAGUAGUGGCACGCGGUGAGAACCUCAGGGGGCUAAACCUUCUGAUUAUCUCGUUAGAAGCCUGUCUUGUGACUGGUCCAACUAUUUCCACACUUCCAUACAUAUUUGAUUCUGGAAAUUUUACCAUAUGACGACCAUAUUUCAAUUUCUGCGUCACUGACUCGGUUGUUAUCGUCUUAGCCCUCUACCCAUUGAUACACAAGUCACUUCCCUGAAUGGACUACAACUACCACGCACCAAGUUUGUAAAACCGCUCCAAGAAAGCCAGACCUCAAUCGGACAAGUCAACAAACUUGCUCCAAGAGACUUGCAUCGUCGAAAUAUUUCAAGAUCGAAACCGAAAUUAUCGUGGCUUUUUCAAGAUGACUUCAACCAUAAAUGAUCUCUAUACCCCGCUCCAGCGGUUGUCGACCGCCCCUCUCCGACAGCCCCGAAGCCAGACGACCAGGCCUUAUACAUCGUUCUACAUCAAAGACAUCCUGGGAUCACAGAUCAGUACCAAUGAUAACACCAGCGAAAGUUCAUCACCGACCCAUUUUAAGAGAAGGGAGUCGUGGUCGGGACCGCCAUCGGUACCUCGCCCGAGGUUAGGGCAUCAGAGAUCAACGGAAGAGGUGAAAACUGCUGUGAAACAGACCAGGGAGAAUGGUGAUUCUCCUCUCAGCGCGCUGGAGGAACUUGCUAACAAGACGUUCACAGGUCCAGAUACCAGUAUUCUACGAGCCGCAGAAGCAACGACGACAAACAAACGGGAAGCGCUUUCACUUCUAAACCGCCAGCAGCCGCGCAAGAAGAGGAAGUCCCGCACCGCCUUCUCCAACCACCAAAUCUUCGAGCUCGAGCGUCGAUUCCUCUACCAAAAAUACCUAACCCCGGCCGACCGCGAUGAACUCGCCUCGACACUCGGCCUCACAAAUGCCCAGGUCAUCACCUGGUUUCAAAACCGGAGAGCGAAGCUCAAACGCGACAUCGACGAGCUGAAGAAUGAUGUCCGAGCCACGUCGACCACGUCACCGCAUUUGAAAGAAGACAAAGGCUACCUGACGACGGAGUCAUCGGUGUACGACCAGGAGGAAGGGGAGCUUUACACUGAAGACUCGUCGUCGGAACUGAUGUCGCCCAUCGACCCACGACAGAUUGGUGGAGGGUGUGACGGAAACGCAACCGACGGUGGGGAUGAUCACGAUAAGAUGAGCGUUCACUACGUCGAUUCGGACAACGAGGAUGCGAGCAUGUCAAUCUCGAAAUCGUCUCCUUCUCCGGCCGACAACGACCCGGACGAUCGGGACAUCGAUCACGACAAUAGCAGAGGGCAAAUUACAGAUUAACGAGACAUUCGUACAUUUCAACUUCCAAUGUACUAACGACAUUACUAUUGCCUCGUCAUGUUGUUUUCAAACACUUACUUUAAAUCGGCGGGUACGAUUUAUAAUCAAUUGCAGAAGAGGCAGUUAACAUUGAUCGGGCAACGUAAGUCUGCCACAAACAAGCCUUAAUAGCCUGGUAAUUUUAAUGAUGUAUACCAUGACUGGCCGGUACAUAAAGUGAAACAUUAACCCCUUCGUGAUGUGAAUAAUUCGCAAGAACAACUGUCGUCUUCAUUCAUCUUCAUUACAUUUUAUCCUGCUUGUGUUUUUUGAGAGGAGAUAUCUUGCUGCGUAGUAUGUCUGCUAUGGCUCAGCUGCCCUACCCUCAACCCUAAGCCAGCUAGCAGCCCCGGUAGAUGGGUUCCGGCAGGAGCGGGUAUAUUUCGGAAGUAAACUUGUCAGACUGUCAUGUGUCUGGGGCGCACCGUGUGAUCACUCAGAUUUUUAUCAGGUUUAAAACUUUGUUCACAGAGAAAAACUAUGAAUCUUAAAUGUUAGAUCUCCUAUAAUAAGUUAUGGCAGCUCAAAUAUGGUUUUACAUUUUUAGAAAUGUAUUUGUAUCCUCUCGCAACAUCUGUGCAUUAACUGAAAGAGCAAUGUUAACAUGUAAGAAAAAGUAAAAUGUUCACCCAUAAUAAAUAUGUGUUACUCGACUACAAACAGUUGAUUCUCGGCGGGAUAGUUUAAAGACUUUCUCAAACCUUUUUUCUGUAGUCAAUGAUCACAGGCUGUCCUGCUCAAAAUAGGUGAAGGAAUUUUAUUAUAAAAAAACAACGAUGAAAAAGUACAUGAAUAAAGAAGUAUGUAUAGGCCCUACGUAAUGAAUAAAGAUGAACAGGUGAAUAUAUAAAAGAAAAUGGUAAAUAAAUCAAUCUUUGAAAUGAGAAUUAGAGAAGAGGACUA